CUAUUUCCUACUGCUAUAUAAACAGAAAUGGUCGACCUCAUAACACUCAUCGAACUCCCAUGGCAACUAAGAAAAUGGGUAUGUUCAAGCCUCAGGUCCACCGGCCACAUUUUGUGGGGACAGUCUUCUUACCGAACAAACCAUGCAUCCCCAGUAGCAGUCGGCCUUCAUUUUCCGUAAGGCCAUGGCCACAACCCCAGAAAAAAUAUAGGAAUAAUAUCAGGGUUGGCUAUUUCCCCAGCAACAUUAAAGCAGUAGCAGUAGCAAGUGGAACCAAGACUUCCAUUUCUGUCGAGGCAACUGCAGGAGUUACCCUGAAAUCACCAAACUUGCUUGGUGGGUCACUCCUUUUAGAGCUUGUUAGUGCAGAGCUUGAUCCUCAGACGGGAUCACAGAAGAAGCCAAUUAACGCGAAUGCGCACCUAGUAGGCCCAAAGGGUGCUAUUUUGGAGGCAGAAUUUGUGAUUCCUGGUGACUUUGGGGAGAUUGGUGCAGUUCUAGUGCAGAGUGAACACUCCAGUGAGAUCUACCUCCAGCAUAUAAUCCUCGAUGGCCUCCCAAAUGGUCCUAUUAGAUUCCACUGCUGUUCAUGGAUUGAACCCAAAGCUGAUCAUUCUGGGAAGAGGAUUUUUUUCUCCAACAAGGAGUGGCCAUUAAAGAGCACACUAGACCCUGAUGUCUAUGGUCCUCCUGAGUCGGCAAUCACCACAGAGUUGGUCGAGCGAGAGAUAAAAGCCUUCAUGACUAUUGACGUGCAGGCAUUAGAACAAAAGAAACUAUUCAUCAUAGAUUACCACGACUUGUUUUUACCAUAUGUGAGCAAAGUGAGGCAGAUGGAAGGGACAACACUGUAUGGUUCCCGGGCACUUUUUUUCCUAACCCCUGAUGGCACCUUGAAGCCUCUAGCCAUCGAGCUCACUCGCCCACCAAUAGAGGGGAAGCCACAGUGGAAGCAAGUUUUCACUCCCACAUCGGAAUCUACAGGUCGCUGGCUUUGGAGGUUCGCCAAAGUCCAUUUCCUUGCUCAUGACUCCGGUUAUCAUCAGCUUGUUAGUCACUGGUUGAGAACUCAUUGUGUAACAGAACCUUACAUAAUUGCAACAAAUCGGCAACUCAGUGUAAUGCACCCCAUCUACAGACUAUUGCAUCCUCAUUUCCGGUACACAAUGCAUAUCAAUGCUCUUGCUCGAGAAAGUCUCAUCAAUGCCGAUGGGAUCAUUGAGACUUCAUUCUCACCCGGCAAGUAUUCUGUGGAGCUUAGCUCAGUAGCUUAUGACCAGCAGUGGCGGUUUGAUAAGGAAGCCCUGCCGGCAGACCUAAUAAACAGGGGCAUUGCUGUUGAGGAUCCAGAUGCUCCCCAUGGCCUAAAGCUACUGAUCGAAGACUAUCCUUUUGCCAAUGAUGGUCUAGUCCUUUGGGAUGCCUUAAAACAAUGGGUUGCAGACUAUGUCAACUACUACUACAAGGAUGCGAACAUGGUACAGUCUGAUCCAGAGCUCCAAGCAUGGUGGACGGAAAUCCAAACCAAAGGUCAUGAGGAUAAAAAAGAUGAACCAUGGUGGCCAAACCUCCAAACACCCAACGACCUCAUUGGAAUUAUCACAACAAUAACUUGGGUGGCCUCUGGUCACCAUUCCGCAGUCAACUUUGGACAAUAUGCUUUUGCUGGUUACUUCCCCAAUAGGCCUUCCAUUGCUAGAACCAAUAUGCCCUGUGAAGAACCAACAGAAGAAGGAUGGCAACGAUUUUUAGACAAUCCCAAUUCUGAACUCUUGGCAUGCUUCCCUUCAAAGCUACAGGCAACAAGGAUUAUGGCCACUUUAGAUCUGUUAUCCGAGCAUUCCUCAGAUGAGGAGUACCUAGGAAAGGAUAGGAAGUUAACAUGGGAUGAAGAACCGGUUAUAAAGGAAGCAUUUAACCGGUUUUCUGCAAAGUUAGAGGAACUGGAAAGAACUAUUGAUGAUAGGAAUAAAGACAACAGUUUGAAGAACAGAAAUGGAGCUGGGGUGGUUCCAUAUGAGCUCUUGAAGGGAGUUCCAUACAGCAUCUCCAUUUGAAGCUAUAAUAUGUCGAUGUAACUUUGGGAAUGAAGUUUCAAAUCCAUUGUAUGGUAGAGAUAAUAACUGAUGUAACAUCCAUGAGACAUUGGACUGAUAGUAAGUCAUGAGUAAAUGCAAGGGAAUCUGAUGAUA